AUGAUCGACUGCGUCUGCAUGGUGUGUUUCUUGGCCCUUUGCCCUCACUGCAUUCUCAUAGGGCAUCACUCGGCCGCAGACUUCUCCGAACAUCCCCUGAUUUCAACUCUAGACGCCUACAAAAUGAGCAUGCAGGGCACCUCGCCGAGCGAAGAAGCCCUCAGCAUCCGCAGAGAAAAAAUUGUAAAAGACCUUCAAGAAAACCACCAGCUGCUGGCGCGGCUGCAUGCAAACUUUGCAUCUGUGCACCGAAAAAUUGAUGACUCCAACAAGGCACUGAUGAAGCAGCUGCAAAUUAUCAAACAAAAACAAGUCGGCUUCCUCCAGGCGCUGAAGAGGGAAUUGCUGACUGAGUGUCUCAUUAUAGAGUGGAUGGAGGCCUUUUUUUCUCAUUUACAGCUUGCCUUGUGUCCUUCCGACUACCUGACGUACCACCACCGCCAUGAUUUGCUUGCGGCAGACCUGUUUGGGGGCGCAGUGCGCAUAGAAGUUGGCCGCGAAACCCUCCCCCCUUGGGCCACGGAAAAGCUUUUCAUUGAAGGCCAAUUUAGGGUUUCGACUGCAGCCUUUUCUUUGCCGGAGUUGACUGCAGAGCGGGUGGCUGAUGAUGAUCUCCUGCGGGUUUUUCUGACUGGGAUUGAGAAGACGCAAAACCAAAAAGUGAAAUUAAAAGAAAUUAAAGUCGGAGGAGAUAAUUCUUCCGAAAGCGAAUUGUCUCUUUCAGAUGAAGAAACGGGGGCCCCCUCGUGGGGGGCCCUUCUAGCAGCAGAUGAUGCAGCACCGGGGCCCCGAGUGCAUGCACUUUCCCGCGUGCUGCUGCUGCCCGAAGAGCCAGCAGCAGCAAACCUCCCUACGCAGCAGAUUCGCCAGGAAAUUCUGCAGCAAGAACACGGUGCGUGCGGAGCCGGCAGCAGCAGCAGCAGCAGCAGCAGCAGGAAGGUCUGGCAGCAGCAGUAG